AUGUGCGUCGACGCCACCCUGGCCGGGUCCAUCGCGCACCUGCUCAACCACUCGUGCGCGCCCUGCUGCCACAGCCGCACCAUCACGGUCGCGCACCCGGCCACAGGGCGGCGGCGGGACCACAUCGUCAUCUUCGCAAGCAGGGACAUAGCCGUGGGCGAGGAGCUUACAUAUGACUACCGCUUUGCCGGGGAGGAGAAACUGCCGUGCAACUGCGGGGCCCCGACGUGCAGGGGGAUGGUCAACGCCCCGGGCGAUGACGAGGGCGCGCCUGCAGUGCGCGGCCCGCGUGCCCAGCAGAUCAUUGAGCGGGACUCGCACCGUGAUGCGCUGUGCGGGAACCCCGUGCAGGCCGUCGGUUCGUGCAGCGGCGCGAGCAGCAGCGGCCGGGGCGUGGGCCCCUUCAGCAGCAGAGGCAGCGGCGCCCCGCGGCGCGGCUCGCGGCAGGUGGCGCGCUCCAACCUGGACGACUUUGAGAUCAGGGAGCUGGUGGCCAAGAUGGAUGCGCAGACGCCACCUCCCCCGGCCAAGCGUGACAAGCUCGAGGCCAUUACGGCCCAGAUAGACGAGAUCAACGCGGCAGACCCCAAGACGAUCCCAGGGGACAGCGGCCGGCCCGAGCCGUACAGGCUGGCCUACUCCAGGUGGCUGACCCAGUGGGUGCUCAAGCUGGACCCCAACGCCUGCGACGAGCUCCUCAUACUGGCGCGCGGCAAGACGUGCGCCCCCCACGUUUGA